CCUCACGAUCAUUCUCUCCAUCUCUAUUCUUGUUUUAUUUUCAAUCAUUAUCUCAUUCUCUCUCAUCGUAUUUCACUCUCCAAAGCACAAAAUCAAACAGAGAAAUCCCAUCUUUAUCGUUCUUUUUCAUCAUCUACUUCCUCAAUCGUCGCUUGUUUGCCCCCCACACCCCACAAGCAAUAAGCUUCGACCAACAUCAUAUACCUCAUUUCUUUUAUCAAUUAACUUCGUGGGUGCUCUCAAUUUUGUACUUUUACUAUAAAUUAAAAUAUGGGCUAGUUCGAUUCUUCAAAAAGAAUCUCGAUUGGGUGUUUCUUGAUUUUGCAUAGUGUUUUGGAUUGAUAAUCGGUUGUUGACCUUGAUGCAAGUUUUGAGGUUUAAAUUAGGCUUAUGUGGAUCUGAAUUGGGGUUCGGAGUUUUAUCGAAUAAAGAAUCAUGGAUCAUGUUGUUGGUGGGAAGUUUAAGAUUGGGAGGAAAAUUGGUAGUGGAUCUUUUGGCGAACUUUAUUUAGGUGUUAAUAUUUCAAGUGGGGAAGAAAUAGCUAUUAAACUGGAACCUGUCAAAACAAAGCAUCCUCAACUUCAUUAUGAAUCAAAAUUAUAUACGCUUCUCCAAGGAGGAACGGGAAUACCAAGCUUCAAGUGGUUUGGAGUGGAGGGAGAGUAUAAUAUCAUGGUUAUUGACCUUCUUGGACCAAGUCUCGAAGACCUUUUCAACUAUUGUAGUAGAAAGUUCAGCUUAAAGACUGUCUUAAUGCUUGCAGAUCAACUAAUAAAUAGAGUUGAGUUCAUGCAUGCAAGAGGUUUUCUUCAUCGUGACAUAAAGCCUGACAAUUUCUUAAUGGGUCUGGGACGUAAAGCUAAUAUGGCAUACGUGAUUGAUUUUGGCCUUGCAAAAAAGUAUAGAGAUCUUCAAACUCAUAAACACAUUCCAUAUAGGGAAAAUAAAAAUCUCACAGGGACUGCCCGCUAUGCUAGUGUUAACACGCACCUUGGAAUCGAACAAAGUAGACGGGAUGAUCUCGAGUCUCUCGGUUAUGUUCUUAUGUAUUUCCUAAGAGGAAGCCUUCCAUGGCAGGGGUUGAGAGCAGGAACCAAGAAGCAGAAAUACGAUAAAAUAAGUGAAAAGAAGAUGUUGACUCCAAUUGAGGUGCUAUGUAAAUCAUACCCAUCGGAAUUUACAGCAUAUUUCCAUUAUUGUCGAUCAUUGAGAUUCGAAGACAAACCCGACUAUUCUUAUUUGAAGAGGCUUUUUCGGGAACUAUUUAUUCAAGAAGGCUAUCAGUUCGACUAUGUAUUUGAUUGGACCAUAUUGAAGUACCCCCAUAUUGGUGCUACCUCCAAAGGACGAAAUUUAGUUGCCAAUGCGGGUUUAAAUGCUGGAACAUCAGCUGAAAAGCCUGGAAGAACCUCAGCUGGUGAAGAUAUCCGUGAUAGAGUCUCGGGUGCAGUAGAAGCAUUGUCUAGACGAAAUUCUUCGGGUGGGGCCCGCCAUGAACAUUCUAGAAACAGGAUUCCCGAUGAUAUGCCUUCAUCAAAGGAUGUGCAACCCGAUUCUGAAAAACUCCGGUCAUCUCGAAACGGGGACUCGUCAAAACGUGCCGCCAUUCCCGGCGGCAGGCCAAGCUCCUCCGGCGAACCAACGGAAGUCCGGUCAAGCCGCCAUGUGGCGGGAAGUGGUGGAGGUGGGCGGUUGUUGACUGCUCAUAGAGUCCAACCGGGAUAUGACACCAAACAAUCGGUUUUUUCUCGUACUACAAAAAGUGGCAAUGAUGAUCCUGUCCGCAGCUUUGAGUUCCUCUCACUCAGGAAAUGAAAAAAAUCGCCAUUUUUAUCCAAGUGAUUUUUUUCAACUCUUACAGAAAUGGAUGAUGUGGCAUUUUCAAAUAAGUGGAAAGGGUAUACUUACAUGAGAAUACCUUUGUAAAUUGUGUAUCGGGUUUUCACUUUUCAUGAAUGAUUUAGAAUUGAAUCCCAAAGGAUUUUUUGUGUUCUUGAUGUUGCGUAUGUCGUAAAAAGGAUCAUAUAAAAGAAAAUUUAGUAAUAACUUUGGUUAUUUUUUUGUGUAAGGGUUCUAUAAACGUUUUAUGUGUGACAACGGUAUAUUAAUAAUAUCGAGAUUUUAUCGUUUGUUAACCGUUGCACCAAA